GGCGGACGGCGGGCACGGGACGCGGGGGCCACGCGUGGCAGGUACCUGGCACCAACGCUGUGCCCUCUGCUCUGGCUGUGAGGAAUGGCUAUGGAAGAUCCUGGCAGGAAGACUGAGGUGGUGCUGCUGGCCUGUGGCUCCUUCAACCCCAUCACCAACAUGCACCUGAGGCUGUUCGAGCUGGCUAAAGACUAUUUCCAUGAAACAGGAAAAUACAAAGUAAUCAAGGGCAUCAUUUCACCGGUGGGUGAUGCAUACAAGAAGAAAGGUCUGAUCAGUGCGAAUCACCGAGUGACAAUGGCAAAACUGGCUACAAAAAACUCGGAUUGGGUGGAAGUUGAUGAUUGGGAAAGCAGCCAGAGUGAGUGGUUGGAAACACUAAAAGUUUUAAGGUACCACCAUCAAAAGUUUUUACCUGCUGAUGCCACCAACAGUCUGGAGGAUGCUGUGCCCUUAACAAAGCUGGGGAGGAAGAGGAAACAGGAACCAAACAGGCACGAACCCGCUAAAAAGAAAAAUCAGAGCUCAGAUGUAAAAAGUGUCCCCCAGGUUAAGCUGCUCUGUGGCAGCGACAUGCUGGAAUCUUUUGGGAUCCCCAACCUGUGGAAGUUGGAGGACAUCACCGAAAUCGUGGAGAAGCACGGCCUCGUGUGCAUCAGCAGGGCCGGGAACAACGCCCAGAAAUUCAUCUACGAGUCUGAUAUUUUGUGGAGGCACAAGGACAACAUUCACCUGGUGGAGGAAUGGAUCACAAACGACAUUUCCUCCACCAAGAUCCGCAGGGCCCUGCGGAGGGGGCAGAGCAUCCGCUACCUGGUGCCUGACGUGGUCCGGGCUUACAUCGAGAAGAACAACCUGUACAGCCCCGAGAGCGAGGACAGGAAUGCUGGGGUGGUCUUGGCUCCCCUACAGAAACAUGCAAGUGACUCCAAGAACUGACAGGCACUGAACAGUAACUCACUGUCUGCUGGG